UGUCAAUGAACUAUUUAAUUAAGCUGCUCCUUUGGUUGAUCUAGUGUAUACAAACAGCUGGGAAUAUUUGUGGUUGUGAGUUUAGGCACUUAAUGACCUGUGUUUGUUAAUAAUUUUUAACUUAAACUUUUGGACAUGGUUAGGGUUGAUCAGAUCUAUGUUUGUUGGAAAGGAAAGAGGGAACCACGAAGGCUAGUAUAUGUAUUACCAGAGUUAUCACAAUCCUUGUAUUUUAUUAACACUUACCACACGUGCUUGCUGAAGAGAUUGUAGAUAGCAUUUCUAUAAGUGAAGCGUGGUAUUGCAGUUAUUGAAUUAUAAUAAAACAAAUCAACUACACCUGUUUUGGAUGGCAAGCUUUGGAAAAGUUUAGCUGCCAGAAGGUACAAUGAGUACAGCACUAGCGUGAGGAUGUUUAGUUGCGUUGUUACCGCUAUGCAAUGGAAGGUGUUGAUAAUAAUAGGAACAUAAUACUCAAUUAAGUUAAUAGCAAAGACAAUUGUUGUUUUAGAUGUCAUGGACAAAGUAUUUAAUAGCUGUUGCUGUUGCUGCAGUACUAAUUACUUUCUUCUUAUUUGUCUACUCUGGAUGUUGGAUUUAUGUGAACAAGUAUGAUGCAGUGCCAGGUACAUGUUGGAAAUUUGUUCAAGACGUAGCACCAGAUUUAGCUAGGAAACUGCAUUAUACAACAGCAAUGAAUGAUAUGCUAUUUUCAAAUGAUGUUAUUAACCAGAGCAUUUACACAAAAAUACGUAAACAGUUGAGUGAGGCCAAAUGGACAAGUGAGGACACUUACACAUUGUUGGUGGAUGUUCUUCCAAAGACUGACAAUGUACGAUACAUGAAGUUCUGUUGUUUGCUGCGUGAAAAGUCUAAUGUGCCUUUAAUGGGAAAGAUACUUUGUGAUAAAUGCAAAGCAUUUGAAAAGUGCAUAGUGAUUCGUAAAGAAAUGUUGUAUAUUACCUCAUCUUGCCAGUUAUUUUUUAACAACAUUACUGAUAAGAAUGACAUUCCAGAUGAUCCAAACUAUGUGGAUGAAACAGAUAAUGAGACAGUUGUAGUGGUACAUCUAUCAGCAUUUGUCUGCAUUGAUAACGAGGUCUUUGCAACUUUGACUAUAAGUGUUGAAGAAAAGUACAUUAACAAGGAACUUCUUCAAGAGAAAAUUGCUUCUACAUUGGAAGUCAAUGUUUUUGAAGUACAUGUGCACAUAGAGUUUUCCAGAACCAACAGUACAUGGAUGCUCUUACGUUUGUUACGUCAAGCUGGAUUACGACUUAUGGAAAUGUUGAGUUCUCAAGAGUCUAAACAUUACUUUGGUCUUAUGAUAGCAGAAGCAUUCUACUUGGAGUCAGCAAGAAAUGUCUCUAUUGAGUUAAUAUUGAGCAAUUUGCUCUCAUGUAGAAUCUAUGUCAUUCCUACUGGGUCAUUUUAUGUGAAAUCAGAUGAGGAAGAUGUUUAUCGUAUGACUGACGAUCAGGGAAGGUGGAGAGUUGGAGCCAUUUCUUUGGAAUUGUUAUUGGGUGUACCAAUACUUAUUUACCUGUUUUUAACAUCACACACGUUUGCUGCCGGUGUCUCAAUGAGAAGAAUAUCUGAUGUUGGAGCAGUUGAUCAAUCUACCUUACAACACCGCUACUUCACCACAGAAAUUGGAAGUGCAACGAGAAUGUUGAAGAUGAACAAGAUGAUGCCAUCAUCAUUGUCAAUGAUUGUUUCGGUAUUCUUGUUCUAA